AUGUCACAACUAAUAAAUAAUCCUAAGGAGCAAUGUGUUGAACCAGAUCUAGAGGAAGAGAACCUGUUAGGCAAGCAGUACGGUGGCAAACACGAGAAAUUUGGCGUACUCAACAAUGGAGAGAAGAUGCGAGCAGAGCAAAGUGGAAAGACGAAGCACAUGUGCACGCCCAUUGUGCAACUUUUCAGCAAACAGAAAUCUGCUUUCUUUGGAGUUGAUGUUUGGCGUGCGAUUGCACCAUAUGUUAGCUGGCCUGAUUACGCUCGCUCAUUCUUACGUCACCCUAUUUUCCUGCUUCCCUUGCUCAUCCCAGUGAUGUGGUUCAGAUUCCCGACCUUUGAUCUUAGGGUCUACAUCACAGCCGCUGUGGCGCUGCUUCUAUAUGCAGGACAAAAAGAAGAGUCCUUCAUCUUCCUUACAAAUCGAGUAGCUGUAUUUUUGGGAGAUAUUUCUUACGCACUCUAUCUGGUGCAGUGGCCAUUACAUUGCAUUGCAACAUAUUAUAGCGAUAUCAUUCCUAUGGGUAAGUUUCGCAAUCAUUACACGUGUAUAUGUUAAAG